AUGUCUUCAUACUCUGUCCCAGCCGAGUCCAGAAGGGUGCUCAAGAAUGCCAUUCUCGAUCACCCAUCUCACCAAGAUCUCCCCCCAGAAUGCCGAGACAUGCUUGAUCUGGUCAAAUUCGAAGGCCAUGACGAGCCAAGAAUGGCUAUCAAUUGGCGAUUUGCAGAAAGUGUUAGUGCUCUAAAAGGGCUUGAGGCAAUACUACUCAACGUUUUACUUAGCCGCAAAUAUGGCCUUACGCAUCAGGAGGUGGUAAUUAACACCGAUCACGCUCAACUGUUCUUGAUGUCGUGCCUUAUCCAGGAAGUGAACCCCGCAGCCCCAGAUAGUCCAAUCAUGCCAACAGAGCUUCGCGAGCUCAAUUCCAAGUAUUCACAGUAUUUCCCCAGUUGGGAUCUUCAUCAACAGGUCUCGUCCUUGUACCGCAAAGCCGUCACCAACAUUUAUCAGUGUCGUGAUGGGAGAUUCUUCCACCUACAUGCUAGUUUGAAUCCGGACCCGUCUCUUAGAGCAUUAGGACUACCUCGCGACAGACCGGAGCUAGAUUCAAAUGAGGCUGCAUGGCCUCCUUUCGUAUCAAAGAUGGCGGAGAAAGAUGCAACCGAAUGGGACCAUAUCCUCGCUGAUGAGUUCCGGCAGGCCUCUACAAUAUGCUUCGCACCAGGUGAAUAUGGGAAAACUGAACAGGGGAAGGCCCAUGCUGGGAUAGGCUUGUACCAAAUACACUACUAUCCUGACUCGUUACAAAAGCCUGGUUGGUGGCAAAAGACGGAGUCAACAUCGGUGCGGCGACCACUAGCUGGCUUGAAAGUUGUGGACCUGACAAGAAUUGUUGCCGGUCCAUCAAUCGGACGUGGCCUAGCAGAGCUAGGUGCCAGUGUAAUGAGAGUGACAGGGCCGCAUAUCGCAGAUUUCUCUGGUCUGCAUCCGGAUUUAAACUGGGGAAAAUGGAACUGUCAUCUCGAUCUCCGAACAGAGGCGGAUCAAGCAAGGUUUCGCGACUUAGUUUUGGGUGCUGAUGUCAUUAUCAAUGGAUACAGGCCAGGUGUACUCGACAAGUACGGGGCCGGCUUUGAAGACAUCUUCAAGCUAGGGAGAGAGCGGGGUAGAGGUUUUAUCUACGUCCGCGAGUGUUGCUUUGGAUGGGUAGGCCCAUGGUCGCAUAGGGCUGGCUGGCAACCCAUCAGCGAUGCUUGCUCAGGUGUAUCUAUAGGAUUUGGGCGGGCCAUGGGCAAUAACGAAGCAGUGACACCGGUCCUUCCUAAUUCAGACUAUUGUACAGGAAUCGCGGGAACUUGUGCAACUCUUCAGGCGCUCAUGUCACAAGAGCAGCAAGGAGGAUCCUACCUUAUCGACACUGCCUUGAAUUACUAUAAUAGUUGGCUGGUCGAACAAGUCGGCGAGUAUUCCCCCGACGUAUGGGAGGAGGUCUGGACUCGCAACGGGCGACGAGUGUUUCGCCAUUUCCACAGCAUGAAUUACACACUUCCACAUUAUAUGGAGAUGUUCCAAAAAGAAGGCAUGUUCAAUCUCGACUUUUUCGAAAUGCGAGAAACCAAGGCACUUGGUCUCAAGAUAAGGACUGUGAAACCUGUGCUUAGAUUUCCGAAAGGGACCGUGGAAUUAGGCUAUAAUGUUGGUACAAGAGGCAACGGAGUCGAUCAGCCUUACUGGCCCGACGACCUGGCUACAGAAAUUGUACAAUAA